AUGCAGAUUUUUGUGAAGACAUUGACGGGCAAGACCAUCACGCUCGACGUGGAGCCGUCGGACUCGAUCGACAAUGUGAAGCAGAAGAUUCAAGACAAGGAAGGCAUUCCACCUGACCAGCAGCGUUUGAUCUUUGCUGGCAAGCAGUUGGAAGACGGUCGAACGUUGAGUGACUACAACAUCCAGAAGGAGUCGACGUUGCACCUCGUGCUGCGCCUGCGUGGUGGUAUGCAGAUUUUUGUGAAGACAUUGACGGGCAAGACCAUCACGCUCGACGUGGAGCCGUCGGACUCGAUCGACAAUGUGAAGCAGAAGAUUCAAGACAAGGAAGGCAUUCCACCUGACCAGCAGCGUUUGAUCUUUGCUGGCAAGCAGUUGGAAGACGGUCGAACGUUGAGUGACUACAACAUCCAGAAGGAGUCGACGUUGCACCUCGUGCUGCGCCUGCGUGGUGGUAUGCAGAUUUUUGUGAAGACAUUGACGGGCAAGACCAUUACGCUCGACGUGGAGCCGUCGGACUCGAUCGACAAUGUGAAGCAGAAGAUUCAAGACAAGGAAGGCAUUCCACCUGACCAGCAGCGUUUGAUCUUUGCUGGCAAGCAGUUGGAAGACGGUCGAACGUUGAGUGACUACAACAUCCAGAAGGAGUCGACGUUGCACCUCGUGCUGCGCCUGCGUGGUGGUAUGCAGAUUUUUGUGAAGACAUUGACGGGCAAGACCAUUACGCUCGACGUGGAGCCGUCGGACUCGAUCGACAAUGUGAAGCAGAAGAUUCAAGACAAGGAAGGCAUUCCACCUGACCAGCAGCGUUUGAUCUUUGCUGGCAAGCAGUUGGAAGACGGUCGAACGUUGAGUGACUACAACAUCCAGAAGGAGUCGACGUUGCACCUCGUGCUGCGCCUGCGUGGUGGUAUGCAGAUUUUUGUGAAGACAUUGACGGGCAAGACCAUUACGCUCGACGUGGAGCCGUCGGACUCGAUCGACAAUGUGAAGCAGAAGAUUCAGGACAAGGAAGGCAUUCCACCUGACCAGCAGCGUUUGAUCUUUGCUGGCAAGCAGUUGGAAGACGGUCGAACGUUGAGUGACUACAACAUCCAGAAGGAGUCGACGUUGCACCUCGUGCUGCGCCUGCGUGGUGGUAUGCAGAUUUUUGUGAAGACAUUGACGGGCAAGACCAUUACGCUCGACGUGGAGCCGUCGGACUCGAUCGACAAUGUGAAGCAGAAGAUUCAGGACAAGGAAGGCAUUCCACCUGACCAGCAGCGUUUGAUCUUUGCUGGCAAGCAGUUGGAAGACGGUCGAACGUUGAGUGACUACAACAUCCAGAAGGAGUCGACGUUGCACCUCGUGCUGCGCCUGCGUGGUGGUAUGCAGAUUUUUGUGAAGACAUUGACGGGCAAGACCAUUACGCUCGACGUGGAGCCGUCGGACUCGAUCGACAAUGUGAAGCAGAAGAUUCAAGACAAGGAAGGCAUUCCACCUGACCAGCAGCGUUUGAUCUUUGCUGGCAAGCAGUUGGAAGACGGUCGAACGUUGAGUGACUACAACAUCCAGAAGGAGUCGACGUUGCACCUCGUGCUGCGCCUGCGUGGUGGUAUGCAGAUUUUUGUGAAGACAUUGACGGGCAAGACCAUUACGCUCGACGUGGAGCCGUCGGACUCGAUCGACAAUGUGAAGCAGAAGAUUCAAGACAAGGAAGGCAUUCCACCUGACCAGCAGCGUUUGAUCUUUGCUGGCAAGCAGUUGGAAGACGGUCGAACGUUGAGUGACUACAACAUCCAGAAGGAGUCGACGUUGCACCUCGUGCUGCGCCUGCGUGGUGGUAUGCAGAUUUUUGUGAAGACAUUGACGGGCAAGACCAUUACGCUCGACGUGGAGCCGUCGGACUCGAUCGACAAUGUGAAGCAGAAGAUUCAGGACAAGGAAGGCAUUCCACCUGACCAGCAGCGUUUGAUCUUUGCUGGCAAGCAGUUGGAAGACGGUCGAACGUUGAGUGACUACAACAUCCAGAAGGAGUCGACGUUGCACCUCGUGCUGCGUCUUCGUGGUGGCAACUAA